AUGCUUGCCCCAGCCCUCUCGACUCCGCUACUGAAGAUCCCCAUCCUUGUUCCCGACGCGAUCCUGACAUAUAUAUCUUUAACUCCACCCACCGCGCCGCCUUCCGCAGACGAGCGCAAGAAGUUUGCCUAUUCAGACUACUUUUCCGAUAACUAUCAAUCAGCCCUCAUAGGCCUCAUGGCCGCAGAAACGACCACAAUCCUCGCCCAACGCUUCCCCUCCCGCCUGUCCACCCGCCUCCUCUCCCUCCUCGCACCCACGCGCCCGCUCGCACUCACACCCACCCCGCGCUUCCUGCUCACCGGCGCCCUCGUGCUCGCCGCGGGGCUCCUCCGCCUGUGGACGUACCGCACGCUCGGCCGCUUCUUCCGCUGGCAGCUCUCCCUCGUCGACGGGCACCGGCUCGUCACCGCCGGCCCGUACGCGUGGGUGCGCCACCCGAGCUACGUCGCGAGCGCGCUCGUCUCGUACGGGAACCUCGUCCUGCUCUCCGGGCAAGGGUCGUACUUUGCGGAGCGCGGGCUUGGGCGCACGAAGCUGGGGAAGGCGGUCGCGGGGGUCAUUGCGGGGUAUUUGCUGUAUAUACAUGCGAGCCUGAUCGUGACGCGGGUGGACAAGGAGGAUGCGGUGCUGAGGGAGCAGUUUGGCGAGGAGUGGGAGGCGUGGGCGCGGAGGACGCCGUACAAGCUCGUCCCGUACGUGUACUGA